GGAGAGACUAAGACAAUGAGCCUCCUCUCAACUCAGUUUGAUGGGAUGGUGAAUUACUGUUCUGUUGGAGGUGUUCCUGCUUACCCAUUCUUGGUACUUGUUUUGCAGCUGUGGCUGACGUUUGCUCCUGUGGCUGAUAAGACAGCUGCUUACUUCCAUAUUUCCCUGGAGAUGGUCAACUGGCUCUCAAUGGUGUACCUCCUCAUCUCAAUCCCAUUUGGUCUGGUGGCAACAUGGGUCCUCGACAGUGUGGGGCUCCGCUGUGCUGUGGUCCUGAGUGCAUGGCUGAACAUGGUUGGUAGCAUCACUCGGAUGUUCAGUGUUCUGAAGUUCCUGAGCUUGGGUUCCUGGAAUUACUGGUACCUGUUUAUUGGACAAUGCUUCUGUGCAUUAGCACAGCCUCUUAUCAUCUUUUCACCAACAAAGCUGGCAGCACUAUGGUUCCCAGACCACCAGAGAGCAACUGCAAAUAUGAUUGCAUCAAUGUCCAAUCCCUUGGGCAUUCUUAUAGCAAACUUGUUGUCACCUGCACUAGUUCCUGAAGGAAAGCACAUUCCAUUGAUGCUGGGUAUUUAUGCUGUCCCAGCAGUAACAGCCUGUGCUCUAGCAACUCUGGGGAUUCACGAGAAGGUCCCGCCAACGCCUCCAUCAGCCAGUGCCACUAACUCCAACUCACAGCCAUUCUUCACAGGGCUCAAAAUGCUCCUGAGAAACAAACCAUAUAUCAUCCUGGCAGUGUGUUUUGGAGGAGGAAUUGGGAUGUUCACCUGCUUUUCAGCUCUACUAGAACAGAUCCUUUGUGAAAAGGGGUAUUCAAAUGAUUUUGCUGGCCUGAAUGGUGCACUGUUCACAGUCUGUGGUUUGUUGGGUGCUUUCCUGCUAGGCAUGUAUGUCGACCGGACAAGGAAGUUCAUAGAGUCCACCAAGAUUAGUUUCUGUCUGAGUGCACUUGCCAGCAUCAUGUUCGCCGUGACUUCUCGGUUCAGACAUCAGGCCAUCAUGUUGGCCAUCACCAGUUCGCUUUUUGGUUUCUUUGGUUUUGCCAUCUACCCCAUUGCCAUGGAGCUGGCUGUGGAGUGCUCCUACCCUGUAGGAGAGGGCACAUCUACAGGCCUGAUUUUUGUUGCAAGCCAGAUUGAGGGUGUGAUUUUAAUGAUUCUUCUACAAGCUCUCACCGUCCAUGUUUCUGAGGAUCCAUUCUCCACCUGUGCCCUUGACCAGGAUGGAGCCCUGGACUGGACAACUCCGGUGCUGGUGCUGGCUGGCCUCUGCAGUGGUAUGGCUUGUUUCUACGUCAUCUUCUUCCACACUGACUACAAGCGGCUCCAUGCUGAGACAAUCAGUGCUGAUUUGGUCAAGGCAGAAGAUGCAGCAACAGCACAUGUUCCUGAACCCUAAACAGAUCAAAAAGGGCACGCCAAGGGCCGACUCAGACUAGUGGGCAUGGACCAAUCCUGAGCUGGUACACUGGGAUAUCUGUGUCAUAUUGCACAACAAGCAAGGACUAGAGCAAAUAGCACGUUUGCUGUGCAUCUCUCAGUCUUGUGUCUAUUUGGGGAUCUGGGCUGUUAAGGAAGGCUGUCCUGCCAGAAAGGUCAAACUGGCAAUGGAUAACUAUGCACACAACUAAAAUUUUUGCCUGACUUGAUUCAAGCUAAAGAAAUACCACAGUGGAGGGUAGCAUCAUAUUUCAGCCAUUUUUAAAUUUUCAUGUAUGUCAAUCAAGGGUGGAAGUUUCAGAAAGACAGAAGUUGUGCCUACAACAAACCCAGUGGAAAACUUCUGUUUAAGGUCUGGGGUGCAGCAUAACAAUGCUUCCACUCCUGUUGGAACUAAUUGUGCCUUUUAGCUGAAGGGCAGUAAAAGCUAAAGCAUCCUUUCACUUCAGCGGGGAUAUGUAAGUAUGUGAUCUGUAAUAUAAGUCUGUUACAAUGAGUCACUUUGUCUUCUACAAGAAAGAAAAGCCUUGCCUGCAGUGCUGCCUAUAAAAGAAAAUAUCAGUAAGCAUUAGAAGUUAAAUACAGCAGCAUUUCACAUCCCUCCGGUUCCCUGCUAAAUGCUGAGACAUUCAGUAUUAGUUUGUUUUACUUGGGAUUCUCUUUCUUCACCUCUCUUGCAAUUUCAGUGAUUUAAGUUUUCCACAAGAAGAUGAAUCUACUGCUUUAAUAUUAGACUAGCAUGAUGCUCUCCUAUAGAGUAUCACUCUUUGAGCAAUGAUGCUGUAGUGCCUGGCAUGAUAGAAGCUGGCAGAACAGCUGGCAAAGGUGACAUUUUAGUGCAGAGACUUGUCAUAAGUUUCUGCAGGUGACAGGGGCUUUGGGAAGGAGACCAAGUAAGAACAACAUCAACAAACACCUUCCAGUUCUUUUUGCAACUGACAUAAUUCUUUAGUGUUAGAUGAGAUGGGAAGUGAAACAAAAGAUCCCAUUUAGAAGUCAAUUACACUGACAGUGGGUACAACUGGAUUUUUUCAAUUUACAGUACUUCCACAGCAGUGUAAUGUCUUGCUUUGGAGUUUAGGUCUAGUGUACUACCUGAGAAAUUCUUACUUUAUCACUCCUAUGUGAUUGAAAAAAAAUUAGAUGGGAUUUCAUGAUGCUUCAUAUUAUACUUAUUUAAAGGGAAUCUGAGUACUUGCUGAUUGAGGGACCUUGAUGCAAAUGGAACCUGUAACUAGCUUUACAGGUAGCUAGCUUUUUUCUAGCUUUGUCCAGCUAGAAGAUGAUCCAAUGCCAAGAACACACUGUCCCUGAGGAACAC